AAAGCUUCCGUAGGUUGCAUACAAAUUGUGCAAAUUAUAGCACAUUUAACAUUUCUUCUAUACCAAUUUCUUGCAAUAUUGAGGUUCAUAUCAGUUGUUAGUUCAUCCUCAAUGGCCACCAGUCCUAGAGUUACUGCAAGGGUUGGAGUAAGAACAAGCGCGCAAACUCCGGUUGUUGAAGAGAUCGUACCUAAUUCUGGAUGGACAGAGGAUUCUGCUGGCCAUUAUCUUCUAGUUGAUCUUCCUGAAUUCAGUAAGGAAGAGGUGAAGCUUCAGGUUGAUAGCAAUGGCCGUAUAAUUGUAACAGGAGAAAGGCAAGCAAAUGAGCGGAAGCGUGUUCAUUUUCAGCUGACAUUUCCGGUACCAGUGGAUUCAGAUAUGGAUAAGAUAGAAGGAAAAUUUGAUGGUGGAAUCCUUUACGUGACUGUCCCCAAGAGAAAUGCAAAAGAGAACAAAGAAAGUGAGACUGAGAAAGCUGAGAAUGGUAGUGCUGUAAGAGCAAAAGAAAAUGAUAGCCAUGAACCCAAUACUGAAAAUGAGGGGAGAGAUCCCAGUCUACAUGACAACCAUACAGAGCAGGAAGAAAAAAGAAAUGAAAAUGCGCAAGGAACCAUGUUAAGAAGUGCCAUGUUAAGAAGUGCACUUGAGGUUUUGAGGAAAAACAAAGGAAUUGUUAUAACAGCUGUAGUAGCCUUUUCCUUGGGGCUUUUAGUAUCUCAUCAGUUUCAAUCCUCAACAGCACCAUAAGUCCUUUGGCCUGCAUCCAUAAAUGUAUGUCCCCCCCACUUCAGGUCAAGUGCCUCUUAUAUGUAUAUAUAGAAUAAAGUAUCAUGUAGAUAUUCAACCAAAAAUAAUUAUAUCUCUGCUUUCUCCUUCUUUCUU